AUGUUUUAAUUGAGGAAUUAUUUAUAUAAAUUUUCAAAGCUUUAAAACUAUACUCAAUAAUUAAGAGAAUCCAUUAAUAGAAACUAAAAAAACUUUGCUUAUGCUUAAUAGAUUCCAUAAGAAUGGAAUGAAACGAAAUUUAAAGAGUAUAUUGAUCCAUAAACAUAAUACAUUAAAAAAGGUAGUAUAUAAAUAUUAUAGUUAGUUCAUUUUGUAAUAGAUUCAUUAAAUAGAUUUAAUGGAAGAGCAUUUAUUGAAAUGGAGUCAGAAGAUGCAGUUAAAGAUUUUAUGAAAAAGUUUUAAGAAAAUAAAUUAGAAGUAGAGGAUGCUUAAACAAAAAUUACUAUAAAUCCUUUAGUUUUAAAAAUCUACAGAAAAACCUUAGAUUAAGAAAAAAAUGAAAAAAAAGCAUAUUUAAAAGGAUUACCAAGAACAAUUAAAAAUGAAGAAUUACUUGAAUUAGCAAAGGAUUUUGGUGAAAUAGAAAACAUAACAAUUUUAAAAGAUUAAAGAGGAGAGUUUAGUCGAGGAUAAGCAAUAGUAGUUUUUAAAAAAGAAGAAGAUGCAAGAAAAUUUAAAUAUUUUGUUAAUGGAAAAUAAUUUUUGGGAAAAAAGAUUGUGUAUAUAUUAUAAAUGAAUAUAGAAUAUAGUUAAGACCUUACAGAGAGGAGAAUGAAGAAUAAAUUGGUGAAAACAAUUAAUUGAAUUAAGGAGAAAUAAAAGUUGAUUAAUCAAAAGUAGAUUACAGUAAUCUAUAAAAGUUGUUAGAUACAGAGUGAU